GAUGACACGCUCAACAUCGCCGUCGUCGUCGUCGUCGAACACUUUGCCAAAGGAAAAGUCCAGUGACGACAUCGCGUCAUCCCCACAACAACAACCACCACGAGAUGAGGAAGCCGCUGAAGUCGCCAAAGAAGAGGAACAAGGCGAUCCGUUUCUUGUAGGAUGGGAUUCAGGCGAGACGAACUACCCAAUGAACUGGUCGUCUGGGUACAAGGCCUUCAUCACUUUCAUCCUCGGAAUGCUCGCAUUGGCCGCCAGUCUUGGUUCAUCCAUCAUCUCACCCGCUGAAAUGCAAAUCGCCGAAUACACUGGCAUUUCUGGAGAAGUUGCAGUGUUGGUCAUCUCUCUAUACAUCGUCGGCUUCGCCGUGGGCCCUCUCAUCUGGGCUCCUGCGUCAGAAGUCUGGGGACGUAAAGUCAGUAUGUUGCCAGCAAUGGUCGGCCUUGGUCUCUUCAGUAUAGGCACUGCUGUUGGCAAGAACGCCCAAACCAUCAUGGUCUGUCGUUUCUUCUCAGGCGUAUUUGGCUCUGCCCCCGUCUCAAACGUCAGCGCCGCUCUCGGCGACAUGUACUCCGCCAAACCACGCGGUACGGCUAUGACCUUUUACGUCAAUGUCGGCUUCAGAUGGCCUUCGUAUAUUCUCGCCAUCUGGGUCUUUACCGUCUGCGUAUUCGCCUUCUUCUGCCUACCAGAGACGUAUUCUCCCGUUCUUCUCAAGAAGAAAGCACAGCGUCUACGGAAUGAGACUGGCGAUUCACGAUGGCACCACCCUCAUGAGGAUGUCAAGCUGGAUGUCAAAUCAGUCGUUACAAAGCACCUCGCAAGGCCCAUCAUCAUGCUCACAACAGAACCGAUGGUCACCUGUAUCGCCUUCUACGCUUCGUUCGUGUAUGGAAUCCUCUACAUGACCCUGGAGGUCUUUCCCAUCGUGUUCGAGCAGAACAGAGGUUGGCCUCUUAUCACAAGCACCUUACCGUUCUUGGCACUUUUCGUGGGAGUACUUUUUGCUGUCCUGGUCAAUUUGGCCAACCAGCCGCGAUACGCCCGUGCUGUUGAUGCCAACAAAGGAAGACCUGUGCCGGAAGCAAGACUACUGCCGAUGGCCUUGGGUGGCGUUCUCUUCACCAUAGGCCUGUUCUGGUUCGGUUGGACCGCUGAUCCAUCUAUUCCAUGGCCUUCUUGCGUCGUUGCGGCAGCAUUCAUCGGAGCAGGCUUCAACAUCAUCUUCCAACAAUGUAUUAACUUCCUCGUCGACACAUAUUCGCUUUACGCGGCCUCGGCAGUCUCGGCCAACACAUUCUUGCGCAGCUUAAUCGCAGGAGGCCUUCCACUCGCUGCCAGGCCGAUGUUCAACAAUCUGGGCGUUGGACCUGCGAUGAGCAUUCUCGGCGGAAUUGCUGCGUUAGCACUGCCCGUGCCAUUUAUCUUCAUGAAAUAUGGACUCAAGCUCAGGAAGUUGUCAAAAUUCGCUCCUGUACACGAAGAC